UUUAUUUUGAAGGUUUAUUUGACUUCCGGUCCUGGGGUGUCGCUCCGGGUAGCUUGACGCUGUCUUGUAGCUUCAGACUGACGGAGUGGAGCAGAGAGGAGCAGAGAGGAGGAGGACCUGUCCAUGUCCACCAGCUUCACUCGAAAGUUUGUCUCCUGUGAGCUGUGAGCAGCUCCGGGUCCAGGUCCAGGUCCAGAUCCAGGUCCAGGUCCUACUGCGGACACGACCCCUCAGUGGACUCCUAAAGUUAGACAUUAGUUCCUCGGAGCUGUGUGUUCAUCACCGCGCUGCUCUGCUGCGCUGCGCUGAGAUGUCUGGAUCCUACUGCAGAAGUUUGUACCCGUUCAGCGGGGAGCAGCACCAGCAGGGACUCACCUUCGAGGCCGGGGACAUUAUCAAGGUGGUCCAGGCUCUGCCCGGAGGCUGGUGGGAGGGAGAGAGGGACGGGGACAGAGGAUGGUUCCCCUCCAGUUAUGUCCAGGUCCUGGAGAGGACAUCGUCUCUGAGUCAGCUCCCUGUUGAGGACCUCAGAGACCCCCUGCCUCCUCAGUGGAGGUGCUACAUGUCUCCACAAGGGAAGCGAUACUACGUCAACACCACAAGCAAUGAGACGACAUGGGAGAGACCGUCCAGUGCACCUGGGACCCCCAAGACCUCCAUCCGACACAAGAACUCCCUGCCGACAGUGAAUGGAUUUCACUCAGGUGGUAGUCCCUUGCAUCAUGUGGAACAUUCACACAACAGUCUGGUUAGGAAGAGCAGUACAGAGCCACAGAGCCCGGGAUCAACGUCGCCCACCAGGAAACAGAACAAGGAGACCACGGUCACGAUUAACUGUGUGACGUUCCCGUCGCUUGCAUGCAUGCCGGAGCAGCAGCUGCUGAAACCAAACGAAUGGAGCUACUGUGACUUCUUCUGGACUGAUAAGAAGGAUCCCCCAAGGCAACGGCUGCAUCACAGAUUCGAGGUGUUGCUGCAGAAACAGCUGAAGGGGAAACAAAUGCAGAAAGAGAUGGCCGAGUUCAUACGAGAAAGGAUAAGAUAGAAGAGGAGUACGCCAAGAAUUCUCUCCAAGCUCUCCCAGAUCCCUCUCGCGAGCCAGGAAGAAGGGACUCUCGGGGAGGCUUGGGCCCAGUUGAAGAAGAGCCUGGCAGACGAAGCUGAGGUUCACCUAAAGUUCUCCUCAAAGCUCCAGAGUGAAGUGGAGAAGCCUUUCCUGUCCUUCAGGGAGAACUUUAAGAAGGACAUGAAGAGGUUCGACCAUCACAUCGCCGACCUACGGAAGCAGCUGGGUCGAGGUCGCUAUGCAGCGGUGGAGAAGACCCGCAGAGCUCUGACUGACAGACAGAAAGAGCUGGAGCUGAAGACUCAGCAACUGGAGAUCAAACUCAGCAACAAGAUUGAAGAAGACAUCAAGAAGGCCCGCAGGAAAUCCACACAAGCAGGAGAUGAUCUGAUGCGCUGUGUCGACCUUUAUAAUCAAUCUCAGUCCAAAUGGUUUGAGGAGAUGGUCACCACCAGUCUGGAGCUGGAGCGGCUGGAGGUGGAGCGGGUGGAGAUGAUCAGACAGCAUCUGUGUCAGUACACCACCCUUCGACAUGAGACAGACAUGUUCAACCAAAGUACGAUGGAGCCGUGGACCAGCUGCUGCAGUGUGUGGACACCGGCCAAGACAGAGAGCUGUGGGUGCGGGAGAACAAGACCGGGAGAUAUCAGGCCAGUGGAACGGUGAGAUCUGACCUCAGUGCUGUCUUGACGGCUCUGCAUAUGCACCCUUUGACCCUCUGGCUCACACUCAGACACAUUGACCCUG